AUGUUGUUGGAUGGUCCCGGUGCAUCACUUUUACCCCUAUCUUUCGAGGUCAUCGAUAUUUCCAAUAUUGUGGGCUACUAUGGACAUCUCAAUAUUCUACCCGCUACAGUGCCCCUUCUUUCUAGAACUUUCAGCUCUGUUCUAUACACUGAAAGUUUGCGGAUCUCUUCUCAUGAUUUGAAGCAAAAUUUGAAGGCUGCACUCUUGAUGGAUGUCAAUCUGGCUUCGCUGUUGUUUGGGCUCACACCGUCCGGCCAAAUCAUGGGCUAUACUACCUAUAACAAUUAUAGCGAGGAUAUGACCCAACAGACAUCUUCCCGCCGCUAUCGAACACGGCUACCCUGGCGAUUUCCAUCAUUUGGAGGCCAUUACUGUUGUUCCACAUCGAGUCAGCCUAUCAAAAUCCAAGUCGAUGCAGAUGAACUCUCUCAAUUGUGCUUCGAUACAUACAUGAAGAUGUUCUCGAUUGAAAACCUCAAAAACCACAUCGCACCAGGGGUUCGACCUUUACGCAGUGAAGCGAUGAAUUGUUAUACACGAUUGAGUUUUGUCAAUAUCCUGCAGCUUAUUAAGCAAAAUACCACAACUGAUUGGGUAUCCUUCUGCACAAGUCUACAGAAGAGAAUUGCAGCUGAUACAGUCUCUCACAUUGGGGCUAAAACAGUUUUGGAAAUCUCGACGCACAUUGAUAUGUCCAAUUUUGUGCCUGGCACCAGAGGCUAUGAUACUGCAUAUCAUUCUUUUGUCGCAAUGGUGGUGCCUCGGAGCGACCUCCAAAUAUUUCUCAAGCCAGACUCUACACCUCAUCCUAUACUUCACGCUUACAUAUUCAGACCUAAUACCAACGAAGAAGAUGUUUUCUUUUCCCUGGACGCUUUCUUUGGAACUCUCAAACCACAAACAGAUCCUGAGUUGUGUGGAGAGUUCAUCGAAGAUCCACAAGGCUGGGCUGGUGAUUCCGAUUUGAUCAUUUCGUUUCCCGUGCCUGCUCAAAUAGUGAAAGGGAAGAAAUGGCAUAUCGGGCUAUGCGUUACAAUUGAUUUGAAUGGGGCAGGCUACAUGAUGGAAUUAGGACCAGAGAUGGUAGUCUCUUCGGUAUCCGGGAAGAACAAAAAACGAGUGACUGUUUCCAAGGUGCCCCCUGGAAUUCCUAAGUCCCGCUUACAACCCGCUCCAGAGAUCGCCUCUGAGCAACCAUCAAUUGAACAAUCUGAUAACUCCGAGAGCAGAAUCACCAUAGCGGCUACCAAGCUUAACGAGUCCGUUGCACUGCAGGCAACCUACCGUUUCGUAGACGGAACUGAGGAAACCAAAGCACUGCAAAAAGCUGCUCUUGUUACACUUCCGAUAUUACUCCAUGCUCUAUACUCCUAA